AUGUCUAUUAUUGUGGCUCCGACCAAUUGGCCCAAGCACAAAGCACUUUGCAAGGCAUUCAAAGCUGUCGAAACGAAGGACGCCAACAACUUACUCGCGCCAUACAUGUUCAUUGAUGAUGAUGAUGAGACUUACGUGGCUACCAACGUUGACCAGCUGAACAAGUGCAUUGGUACUGUCAUCCAAACUGAAAUGCGAGCAUUGGAACGAGAGUUGUUCAGGCCUCUGCGCAUGGAGGAGCGAAAUCUUAUCGGAUGGGAACCUCAUUGUCUCGCCUGUGGACGCUCAGACGCGAUCUUUCGGAUCGAGGCAUCGCUUAGGAAGCGAAAACCGUUAUCACCCGGAUUGAAACCCUGCCCCGAUUGUCUCUUCACAUCGUACUGCUGCGAAGAACACUGGGACGCUGUGAAGGAGAAACAUAAAAGAGAACCGUGCCGCGAUGGCCGCGAUAACUUGUCCCAGUGUGAUAUGAACAAGCUGUACCUCGAAGACAUCCGAUUUGCCAUGGUGAUGUCUGGUGCGAACGAAGGAACUUUCAAAUGGGCACCGGAGCGUACGUUGCGGGCAUGGAAAUCCCUUCGAGGCAUUGGUUGGAGUGAUUAUUCCGACGACAUCGAACAAGAUUUCGGCGGACUUCCUGGCGUUAGCGAGUUGUUGCCAACUCUGGCUCGAGCGGCAACAGACGGUCUCUCGAUGCCUAUGACGAUUCUGUGGGCCCUCGAAAAUCUGAACAACGAUGAUUCGUGGACAAAAAAGGAUACUCUCAAUAUACAUGUUGGUUAUAAUCUCAAUCUGUGGUCUUCAUUUUUGCUCAUCAACAAACUCCAGAUCCUUGGACCUGCUGAAAAAGAAAUUCUAAAUGCUAAUGUUUUCGAAGAGAUUCUUCAUCGACUUCCUCUAGUAAAAAACCUGACGGUAACCCAAUCUUUGUUUAUGUUGUAA